AUGGCAGUUUAUGAUGGACCAAACCUGGGCAGCGAAGAACAUGCUGAUCGAGUAUGGCAGAUGGCAACAGAUUUUUUGAGAAUUCUAAAUCGACCUCUAGAAGGAAGGGAAAGAGUGCGCAACAGAUUCAGGCCUAAGGUUUUGACCAAAGUUUCUCGGAGAGAUAAAAAAGGGAAGAAAAAAAAAUGGUCUGUCGGUUCAUCAGUGGCAGUCAGUCACUUCUUAAGGCCUCUUUAUUUAUGCAAUAGAAUUUGUCGUUUUAAACCGACCCUGAAAAGAGCAGUGAUAUAUAACGAGCCUCUAGAAACGGCAGAGACGAACGUUGAAUGGCAAUCUGAAGCACUUGGGGGAGAGAGGUAUGAAAUAUCAAAAAGACCUUGCCAAACCUGCUAUUCAAAGUUCGUGAACUUACACUGCUUUCAAUACGGUGAAAGCGACCAGCGUCCGUUCAGUUCGGCUCAAUGUGCCGAGUAUUGUCCUAUCAACCAACUUCUCCCACUUGAUCAAGAAGCUAGGCCAGAAGAUGAGAUUACACAAGAGCUUGACACUAUCCUGGGACAGUUCCGUCAAAGAUGUUGGUUUCUUUAUGAAGACUUUGGAAAUAUUGCACAGAUAUGCAGCAGGAUAUGCAGGGAAGCGUCACAUUUUGGAGAUAUUGAUUAUGAACACCUCCGCAAUGCAUACAAUGAGCAUGUAAAAGACAGCGUAGUCAUUUUUGGUAUAAGACCAGAAUUAAAUGGUAGUUUGAGACCAGCGUGA